AUGGCGAUUUGCUCUGCUGGGACCAAGGAAGCUGCGCAGCAGGUGCUCUCGGCGGUGGUGGGAGAUAAUCUCUUGAACGAUUUCGACUUGAUUUUGCUCGGCGACGAUGUCAGCAGGAAGAAGCCGGAUCCCUUGAUCUAUCAGCUGGCAUCGGAACGCUUGAGAGUCCCAGCCGAGCGCUGCACCGUCGUGGAAGACUCCAAGAUUGGCUUGGAAGCCGCAAAGGCAGCAGGAAUGCGAUGCUUCAUCACAUACACCGACUCCACGCAAGGUCAAGAUUUCUCCGGAGCCGCCGACGUGCUCCCCGAUGCCACGACCCUUCAACUCUCGAAGCUUUUCCCAUCAUAA